UCAUUUAAGCAUUCUAAGUAUGUGUUCCUAGUGUUAUGAUGAUCUUUUGUCCAUGAAGAUAGGUGGUUGUCUAAUAUGUGAACCUUCCUAGUGGAUUGGUUAUGUGCCUGGCUGUAUAGUAUUUAUACAAACAUUUUAGCAAUGUAAUAUAUUCUGUUCAAAUUCUAGUUCUGUACAGUAUAAAUAUUAUGUAAAGGUAUUUUUUUAAAAAGCCUGUAUGAAAUGCAUAAACUAUUACAGAGGAUGUCUUUCGUGUCUUAACUAUACACUUGGCCUCUCUUGCUGUAUGUACUUUAGGCAUGUAGUAGUAUGUAUUGGCAUGUCUUUACCUUUCAUUUCCUAUUCAGACAUGAAAACUAUGUGUAACUACCGAGGCACAGGAGCAUUUCAUUCCUCAGGCAAGACUUGAAGGCUUUUGUAUUAUAUAGAAUGUAUAACAGCUUCCAUGAUUUGACUUAAUGUAAAUUAUUGUGUAAAUAAUCACAACCUUUGCACUGACAUGGGGGUAAAUGUUAACUUUGUGUUGCUUUUUCCAGUUCUAUAGUCAAAUGUUACUGGUAAGCAACACACUUAUUCAUCAUUAGCCCCUUACUUCAGCUGUUCAAUAAACUAUUUUCUCCUAUAUUAUGUGCAAAACCUAUACCUUGUUUUCAGAGCUCAGAGACUUCCUGGAUUUAUGACAGCUAUUGGUUAGCUGUCAUAAAUACCAAGACUGUACUGUUGCAUCAUUACCCAAUCUCGUGUAAAACACUGGUCAGUCUAAAUUAUUAAACCCUUCAAAAUGAGUUGUGCCAUUUUAAAAAUAGUAAAUUCUCUAUAAAGGCUUAUGUUUAUUUUGACAUUGUCGUGAAUGUUUUGGAUGACAGGCUUUUUUAACCUUUACUGCGCAUACUUGUGGGACAGUGAGAUUAAUCUGAAAUUCAUGUUACUAUAGCUUCUUCUCCUUGCCCAGGAGAUGCUUCUGUUUGCUCUUGCAGCUCAGUGGUAAGUGUUCAUUCUGAUAUCCAUCAGUAUUGUGUUUCUGAAAAAAAUUACUGGGGCAGGAAUUAUAGGAAUGUGGAAAUUCCAUCUCUUCACCAUAGCCACUAGCCACGAUUGUACCAGAAGUAGGAAACAUGUUCUUUCUGUUGACUGUAAUACUAGUACUAGUGAGGCAAAUGCUCCCACCGCCUCUCCAUGGGACAUAGUGGCCUGUUCCUUUAUUCUUCCUUUUUAUUUAUUUAUUUUUCCUGUAAGGGGCAUUUAAUGGCAGAAGGUAAUUCAUUAUAGUCCACUUUCUUCCUCUACUGCAGCAAAAAUGGGGUUUAGAGGCAGCCUUCUAACCCAUGAAUACCCCACCAUCGUUGUCCUCUAGACUUAAGAGACAAUGCUCUGCUCUCACACUUCCUACUUGAGAGACUCGGCGAGGAACGGGCCUUCCAUUUUCCUACUAGAACAGAGCAGCAGUUAAGAGGCAUAGGUUGAAUUCCCCCAGUGUCACCAGAAGGGAGAACCAGUGGGAAGUCAGCUUCUAGCAGACAACCUCCAUUAUUCCCUUUUUUCUCUCUCUGCUAUCCCUGUGACAAGUGCUUGCAGGAUUGUUCUUUUGAUAUACAAUUGUUAUCACUUGAGAGAUGGGCAAUGAUGACCAACCUCUGCCAGUUUCAGAUUCUGUCCCUCUGCCUUUUAUCCAUACCUCCUUCUCCAGUCCUUUGGAGCAGAAAAAGGUUUCUGCCAGAGACCACUGAAGGUAGUCUUCUUUGCUGCAGCAAAAUGGAAUUGUAAAUCUUCAUUUUCAAUUUUUUAUAUACAGUUUAUGCAGGGCCGCCCAGAGGAUUCAGGGGGUCUGGGGCAAAGCAGGGGAGCUGUGGGGCUUAUACUCACCUGGCGGCGGUCCGGGUCUUCGGCGGCGGGGGGCCCUUCAGUCACUCUGUGUCUUCGGCAACACUGAAGGGUGCCUCUCCCCCCCGGGCUGUCCUGAGUUUAUGUAACUUAAAUACUUGUAUUCAUGUUUGUUUUUUCUUGCAGGCAGGGUCUGACAGCAAGAACACACACAUUGUGGCAAUUCUUGCACUAGUGAAAGAGGCCCAAUGGAAAGACUCAUCAAACAAAUUUCUCCCUUUAUUUUCAACCAUAGCAACAAUACAAGCUUCCCUUAUCUCUGUUGUGGAAUGACUGCCUCUGGGGGGAUGGGACAGUGGCUCUGUGUCCAGUCAGUACAUGCUUUAUUUACAUCAAGAGACAAACCUUUUAUAGAUUAGAUCUAAUCUCUUGUAAAUUAAAUAUAAAUGCUAUAACUUAUCUGGCCAUUAUUACCUCAGUUUGCUAGGAAACCAAUUGUUUUAUUAGGUCACAGCCGCACACCACAGGUAUCAUUAUGAUGUUCUAGAACUCUUUAUUGAAGUUCACUGUAAGUUAGCAUCAUUUUAAUAUACCUCUGUCUAGGAGCAUGAAGCUCAACUAAUAGCAUAAAUAACUUCAGCUGAAAAAGGUCAAAGUGAGAAAGGAGGAUUGGAGAUGGACCUUUCUAUAGCAGAAACUCCGCAUGUUUCAGCUCAGGAUGAAAUGGUUGAUUCUGCUGUCUCAAUUUCUUCUGCUAUUCCACUGUGUGAUAGAACAGCAACUGGUGACUCUGCCUUGAGGUCUAUAAUAGAAGAAAAUGCCUUUCAAGUUUUGAGUGAUGGACCCUGGGUAAAAAGACCACGUCUUCUCUGUGAUGAUAGUUCCACUGAAGACAAUGAUUUUUUAUCCCUCACCUUUCCAAAGAAACUAUGGAAAAUUGUUGAAAGUGAUCAAUUUAAGUCACUUUGGUGGGAUGAUGAUGGAAAUUGUGUAGUGAUUGAUGAAGAGCUCUUCAAAAAGGAGGUGCUGGAAAGGAGAGGACCUCUGCGAAUUUUUGAAACUGAUUGCAUGAAAAGUUUCAUUCGUCAGCUUAAUCUCUAUGGCUUUAGCAAAAUGCGACAAGAUUUUCAAAGGUCUGCCUCGCUAGCUGAAUUUCUAGCAGAAGAAAAAGCAGCUUCUGCCUUUAGCAAGUUACAGUUCUACCAUAACCCGAAUUUUAAGAGAGGCUCUCCCCACCUCCUUCCAAGGUGUAAAAGAAGAGUUGGCAUCAAAAAUACACCACCAGUUGCUUUCUCAUUAGAUGAGGAAUUCAGUGAAAACUGCCUAAAGAGUGAGGGAAGAAGCUCAGAUGUUCAGUCCGCCUUCAGAACUGCUUCCAUGGAGGAAAAUGACCUUGUUGCAACUGCUCCAAAGGAAAACCUGCAAACAUGCGCACUAAGAAAGCCUACAGUAAAUAAGGGACUUGCCAGAGCAACUGCCCGAAUCAGAAGUGGAUACGCUUCAUCGCCAGCAGCUUCACUGAGGCCAUCGGAACGUGCAACAGCAGAAGACAGUGAGAAGUUGAAUCAGCUGGCUCCAUUCCAUUUACCCCAAAAUAACAGCCAUACUCAAGUCAGCACCCACGAUAUAGAUUCCACUACAACUACAUCCGCGACUUCUUUGUAUCAUGUCAUACCUCCUGUAUCAAAUAGUCCCUUUGGAUCUGUGAUGGGGCUUCCUGCCUUCCCAACCAUGUAUCCAGACUUAUCAGCUAUGCAGGCUCAUUGGGCUAGUUUGCUGCCAUUUUGUAACCCAUGGUUCUCAAUGCCUAUGAUUGCAGCAGCCUCUGCCAUUUCAAUGUCAAGAUCAUCUCAUCACCGAACUCCAUCAUACCAUCACUGCCCUAAUUGCAAGUGCACUUCGAACAAUGCAUCUGCUGCCAAAGGUGUUGGACCAAAGCCUACUGAAUAUUCAGGAUACCAUCGAUAAAGCAAAGGACUUUAACAUUUCAUAUUCUGAGGGAGAAAGUCACUGACAAAUCUGCAAUGAAACUGUCUGAAGAAUAAAUGUCUUUUUCCAGUU